GCGCAGCCUGCAGCUCGGCGAGGCUCGGCGGACGGCGGCCGAGCGGACGGAGUCGGAAGCCUCCCUGUGAUAAAGGACCCCGUGGCCUCGCGGCGGCCCGGUCAGCUGAGGCGGCGACCUCGGCAAGCGGUUUUUUUCCCCUAGAGUUGUAUAUAGAGAGAGCAUCCUGGAGUCCACAAUGAACGGACAGUUGGACCUAAGUGGGAAACUGAUUAUCAAAGCUCAACUUGGGGAAGAUAUCCGACGAAUUCCCAUUCAUAAUGAAGACAUUACUUAUGAUGAAUUAGUGCUAAUGAUGCAGCGAGUAUUCAGAGGAAAACUUCUGAGUAAUGAUGAAGUUACAAUAAAGUAUAAGGAUGAAGAUGGAGAUCUUAUAACAAUUUUUGAUAGUUCUGACCUUUCCUUUGCAAUUCAGUGUAGUAGAAUACUGAAACUGACAUUAUUUGUUAAUGGCCAGCCAAGACCCCUUGAAUCAAGUCAGGUGAAAUAUCUUCGUCGAGAACUGAUAGAACUUCGAAAUAAAGUGAAUCGCUUAUUGGACAGCUUAGAGCCACCUGGAGAACCAGGACCUUCCACCAGUAUUCCUGAAAACGGAAGCAUCGCUGAAGGCUCUCAUCACCCUGCCGACACGUCUAAGUCAGAGUCUCCCAAGGAGCCGGGACAGCUGCGGAAGCUCUUCAUCGGAGGCCUGAGCUGCGAAACCACCGAUGAGAGUCUGAGGAGCCAUUUUGAGCAAUGGGGAACACUAACCGACUGUGUGGUAAUGAAAGAUCCAAACACCAAGAGAUCCAGGGGCUUUGGGUUUGUCACCUACGCCACUGUGGAGGAAGUGGAUGCUGCCAUGAAUGCAAGACCACACAAGGUGGAUGGAAGAGUCGUGGAACCUAAGAGAGCUGUGUCAAAAGAAGAUUCUCAGAGACCUGGUGCCCACUUAACUGUGAAAAAGAUCUUUGUUGGUGGUAUUAAAGAAGACACUGAAGAACAUCACCUACGAGAUUAUUUUGAGCAGUAUGGGAAAAUCGAAGUUAUAGCAGUUAUGACUGACAGAGACAGUGGGAAAAAGAGAGGCUUUGCUUUCGUCACCUUUGAUGACCAUGACUCUGUAGAUAAGAUUGUUAUUCAGAAAUACCAUACUGUGAAUGGCCACAACUGUGAAGUAAGAAAGGCUCUGUCAAAGCAAGAGAUGGCUAGUGCUUCAUCCAGCCCAAAAGGUCCAAGUGGUUCCGGAAACUUUGGUGGUGGUCGUGGAGGCAGUUUUGGUGGCAGCCAUGAUGGUGGUGAAUAUGGUGGCAGUGGGGAUGGCUAUAAUGGAUUUGGCAAUGACGGAAGCAGUUUUGGAGGUGGUCGAAGCUACAAUGAUUUUGGCAAUUACAACAAUCAGUCUUCAAAUUUUGGACCGAUGAAGGGAGGAAACUUUGGCAGCAGGAGCUCUGGCCCUUAUGGUGGCGGAGGCCAGUGCUUUACUAAACCACGAAACCAAGAUACUGUGGACGGUAGAGAAGAAAAGCCUGCUGCUUCUGAUUCUUCUGGGAAACAGUCUACUCAGGUUAUGGCAGCAAGUAUGUCAGCUUUUGAUCCUCUGAAAAACCAAGAUGAAAUCAACAAAAAUGUCAUGUCAGCAUUUGGAUUAACAGAUGACCAGGUUUCAGGACCACCCAGUGCUCCUACAGAAGACCGUUCCGGAACUCCUGACAGCAUUGCUUCUUCCUCCUCAGCAGCACACCCAGCAGCAGUUCAGCCACAGCAGCCUCCCUAUACAGGAGCUCAGACACAAGCAGGUCAGAUUGAAGGUCAGAUGUACCAACAGUACCAGCAGCAGGCUGGCUACAGUGCACAGCAGCCUCAGGCCCCUCCUCAGCAGUAUGGUAUUCAGUAUUCAGCUAGUUAUAGCCAGCAGACUGGACCCCAACAACCUCAGCAGUUCCAGGGAUAUGGCCAGCAACCAACUUCCCAGGCACCGGCUCCUGCCUUUUCUGGCCAGCCACAACAACUGCCUGCUCAACCACCACAGCAGUACCAGGCGAGCACUUACCCUCCACAGACUUAUACUGCCCAAACAUCUCAACCUGCUAACUAUACUGUUCCCCCUGGUUCUCAGCCUGGAAUGGCUCCAAGCCAACCUGGUGCUUACCAACCAAGACCAGGUUUUACACCAUCUCCUGCAAGUACCAUGACCCCUCCUUCCAGUGGGGCUAACCCUUAUGCUCGUAACCGUCCUCCUUUUGGUCAGGGCUAUACCCAGCCUGGACCUGGUUAUCGAUAAGGAGGUUAAGCUACACUAAUGAUGGCUAGUUGCCUCCCAAAAGACUAUACAAUACUAUUUUGUUUCAAUUUGUAUUGUAUUGAAGUUUAAAAAUUUAAAAAGCAGAGCAUUUUUUUAUGAUAUCAUUGUUCCUGUUAAUUGAAAAUAUAAUUUACUGGAAUACAAACACAAAAAGACCAAAAUGAAUAUUGUUUCCUUCCCUGCUUAAAAUUGUAGCCGCUUCCUAAUUAUUUUGGAACACUACUCUUACAUGUGUGUAAAAUGAUUGGCUUUCUAGUUUCCCAGAGUAUAAGCUAGGCUAAGGUAUAGCUAUCACACUUGGCUAUUUACUAUUAACAUGAUGUACUAAAAAUAGAGCCCUUUGAGAAGAUGACUAGACAUUAUGUAUAAAAUGUAACAUUGAUAGGCUAAUAAAGGUGAUUGAAUCCAA